AUGUCGGGCGGGCGGAGGGCGAGCGGCGGGCCGGGCGGCGGGCGAGCGCUGGGGCUGGGCGCUGUGCUGCUGUGGCUGUGCUGGCGGGCGGCGGCGGAGCGGCUCCGCUACUCCAUGGCCGAGGAGCUGCCCAGAGGCUCGCUGGUGGGGCCGCUGGCCCGGGACCUGGGGCUCAGCGCCGACGAGCUGCCGGCGCGCAAGCUGCGGCUCAGCGCGGACAAGCAAUACUUCACGGUGAGCGAGGGGAACGGGAACCUGUACGUGAGCGAGAGGCUGGACCGGGAGGAGCUGUGCGGCGAGUCGUUGUCCUGCUCGGUCAGCUUCGAGGCGCUGGUGCACAACCCGCUCAACGUCUUCCAUGUCGAGGUGGCCAUCGAAGACGUGAAUGACCAUUCCCCGUCCUUCAGCAAGGCUGCUCUGGACCUCGAGAUCGGGGAAUUAAUCCCUCCCGGUGCUCGUUUUCCUCUGGAGAUGGCCCAGGAUGAGGACGUGGGAAGCAACUCACUGCUGACUUACCGGCUCACCAGCAGCCCCUCCUUCUCUCUGGCGUUCAAGGAGAGCCCGGACGGAAGCAAGCAGCCUGAAUUAGUGCUGGAGAAAACGUUGGACCGGGAGAAGCAGAGCUCUUUUGAGCUGCUACUGACGGCAGUGGAUGGCGGGGAGCCCAUGAGAACUGGAACUGUUGAGGUUCGGAUCAGCGUGACUGACGCUAAUGACAACCCACCCGUAUUCUCGCAGGAUCGGUACAGCACGAGCCUCCGGGAGGACGCACUGCCGGGUUCAGAGGUAUUGAAAGUGUCAGCCAUAGAUGCCGACGCCGGCACCAAUGCUCAUAUCACCUAUCAUUUCGGCAAAAUGCCGGCCAAAGUGCUUCAGCAAUUCGUGGUGGACAGGGAGAGCGGGACAAUCACACUGCAGGAGCCUCUGGACUUCGAGAACACGCGAGCGUUCAGCUUGCCUGUGGAGGCGAGGGACGGUGGCGGUCUGGUGGCGCAUUGCAAGGUGGAGGUGGAGGUGCUGGACGUGAACGACAACGCACCCGAAAUCACCAUUCUGUCUGUGUCGAGUCCGGUGCCCGAGGACGCGCCUGUCGGCACCGUGGUGGCCCUACUGAAAGUGAACGAUCCCGACUCCGGCGAGAACGGUGAGGUGUCGUGCGAGCUGUCGGGGGAGGCGCCGCUGUCGAUCGUGGCUUCGUCGGGCGGCUCUUACAAGGUGGUGACGGCGAGCGCGCUGGACCGCGAGCAGGCGUCCGAGCACCGCGUGACGGUGGUGGCCCGGGACCGGGGCAGCCCGGCGCUGUGGAGCAGCAGGGAGCUGGUGCUGGAGGUGUCGGACGUGAACGACAACGCGCCGGUGUUCGAGGAGGCGUCGUACAGCGCGUACGUGCGGGAGAACAACGCGGUGGGCUUGCUGGUGUUGCGCGUUGUGGCUCGGGACUUGGACGCGGGCGCGAACGGGCGCGUGAGCUACUGGCUGUCGGGCGGCAGCGCGGGCGCGGCGGGCGCGGCGCCGCUGGUGUCGGUGGAGGCGCGGAGCGGCGCGGUGUACGCGCAGCGCUCGUUGGACUACGAGCAGUGCCGCGAGUUCUCGGUGGCCGUGCGGGCGCAGGACGGCGGGUCGCCGGCGCGCAGCUCGACGGCCACGGUGCGCGUCUUCGUGCUCGACCAGAACGACAACGCGCCGCGGGUGCUCUACCCGCCCCCGCCGGCGGCGUCGGGAGCGGCGUCUGCGGGCUCGGUGGGUUCGGCUUUCGAGGUGGUGCCGCGUUCGGCGUCGUCCGGGUACCUGGUGGGCAAGGUGGUGGCGGUGGACGCGGACGCGGGGCGCAACGCGUGGCUGUCGUACGAGCUGGUGCAGGCGUCGGAGCCGGCGCUGUUCCGCGUGGGGCUGCAGAGCGGCGAGGUGCGCACGGCGCGGGCCGUGUCGGAGAGGGACGCGGCCAAGCAGCGCCUGGUGGCCGUGGUGAAGGACCACGGCGAGCCGGCGCUGUCGGCCACGGCCACGCUGCACGUGGUGCUGGCCGAGAGCUUGCAGGAGGCGCUGCCGGAGCUGAGCGAGCGGGCGGCGGGCGCCGAGGCGGCGGGCGAGCUGCAGUUCUACCUGGUGCUGGCGCUGGCGCUGCUGUCGGCGCUGUUGGUGCUGAGCGUGGCGCUGGCCGUGCUGGCGCGGCUGCGGCGGGCCGGGCCGCCCGCCGUGCUGCGCUGCCUGGGCGCGCAGCGCUUGUCGCUGGCCGGCGCCGCCUUCCCGGCCGACUUCUGCGAGGGCACCUUGCCCUACUCCUACAACCUGUGCGUGGCGGCGCCGCCCCGCGCCAACCCCGAGGCCGCUUGGCCGCCGCCGCCGUUGCCCAUCGUGCCCGCGGAGGACCUUGUGGCCGGGGAGCCCUGCGAGAAGCCGAGCCCGAGCAGCAGCGCCGUCGUGGAACAGCCGCUUGUCGAACCUGACGCACCGCAGAUUGAUAUACCUGCACCUGCCCCUGCGAUCUGCCCGUGGGCGCGGCACAGCAGGCAGAGCUCGUUGGCGCUCGGUGCGUGCAGUGCCGGGAGGAGGCUGCGGGCGCCGCUGUUGACCGAGAGGAGCGAGAGGAAGGUCGGAGCGCUGCAGCCCCGCCCGCUGCGGCCCGGCUCCAUCGGUUUCUCACUCUGUCUCGGCAGCCGAGGGGUUUGCAAACGUUUCCCUGGUGCGGAGGCGAGCUCCAGCGAAGCGGAGGGGCGGGCGGCAGAGGCCGAGAGCGGAGGGCAGGUGCGAGAGCCGGAAUCGGAGCGGGAGCUGGAUCAACGCUAG